AUUUGCUGCCAUUUUUUGUUUAUUGUAGGCACUGCUACUACUUACUAUCUUUUAGUUCAGUAGCACAACAGAUUAGAAAGGGAAGACAAAAAGAAAAAGAAAAAGAAACAUAUUGAGAAAUGGCAACACAAGCACUUGUGUCAUCUUCUCUUACUUCUUCAGUUGAAACUGCUAGACAAAUUCUAGGUGCUAGAUCUUCCUUUGGGUCUUCAAGGAAGAGCAGCUCCUUUGUUGUUAGGGCAUCUUCUACUCCUCCUGUCAAGCAAGGAGCAGACAGACAAUUAUGGUUUGCUUCAAAGCAAAGUCUUACUUACUUGGAUGGCAGCCUUCCAGGUGACUUUGGAUUUGACCCACUUGGACUUUCAGACCCAGAAGGUACAGGAGGGUUCAUUGAGCCCAAAUGGUUAGCCUAUGGUGAAAUCAUCAAUGGAAGAUUUGCCAUGUUAGGAGCAGCAGGUGCUAUUGCACCAGAAAUUCUUGGAAAGGCAGGCCUAAUUCCACCAGAAACAGCACUCCCUUGGUUUCAAACUGGAGUGAUCCCACCAGCAGGGACAUACGACUACUGGGCAGACCCAUAUACACUGUUUGUAUUUGAGAUGGCACUCAUGGGUUUUGCAGAGCACAGAAGAUUCCAAGACUGGGCCAAACCAGGAUCAAUGGGUAAGCAAUAUUUCUUGGGAUUGGAGAAGUUCUUGGGUGGUUCUGGUGACCCAGCAUACCCUGGAGGACCAUUGUUUAACCCACUUGGGUUCGGAAAAGACGAGAAAUCAAUGAAAGAAUUGAAGUUGAAGGAGGUGAAGAAUGGAAGAUUGGCUAUGUUGGCAAUCUUAGGUUAUUUUGUACAAGGUCUUGUGACUGGAGUUGGACCAUACCAAAACCUGCUGGAUCACUUGGCUGAUCCUGUUAACAACAAUGUCUUGACUAGCCUCAAGUUCCAUUAGAGAUCAUAUCUUCUCUCCUUCCUUUUUAUCUCUUUGCUUCUCUCCUACCCAUUUGUAACCACUGUGUGAAAAUGCCCUUUCCUAUUAUAAUUUUAUGUAAGAAAAGCACAUUUCAUGAUCAA